GUUUCUCUACAGCGAGCUGAUGAAGUACGACCCGUCUAACCCUUCCGCAGCAGAAGAGAGCAUUUUCGAGCCUGCGGGAGGAAAGAGACUCAGAAUAAAGAGCGGUGUAACCUUCCACCUCUACAUCAGCACAGCGCCUUGCGGAGACGGGGCUCUCUUUGAUAAGUCCUGCAGCGAUCAGACGAGCGUGGUGGGACAAACCCAGCAUCAGCCUCUCUUUGAGAACCCCAAACAAGGGAAACUGCGGACCAAGGUGGAGAAUGGGGAAGGUACCAUUCCUGUGGAGUCGAGUGACAUCGUGCCCACGUGGGAUGGGAUCCAGCACGGGGAGCGGUUGCGAACCAUGUCCUGCAGCGACAAAAUCUUACGCUGGAACGUGCUCGGCUUGCAAGGGGCAUUGCUGUCACACUUCCUAGAGCCGGUUUAUCUCAGCUCUGUCACCCUCGGUUACUUGUACAGUCAGGGUCACCUGACGCGGGCGAUCUGCUGCCGCGUGGCGAGAGAUGGGAGCGCGCUGCCGGGGAAGCUCCAGGCGCCGUAUCACGUGAACCACCCCGAG